CAUUUUCUUAAAUGAUGUCAUUGAACUUACCCCUGAGUCACUAUGACUGACGAUGUAACAAUGAUCGUCACUGUGUAUUUUGCUAGGUGUGCUGGGCUGCCUUAGCAGGAUUAUCUGAAAGGCCUUGACAGAAGCACCAAAUUAACUAGUAUCUUCUGCUCUAUCUGACCAAUUUUUCAGCUCAAGAUUUUCUUCUCACUUAAGACAAAAAGAUGUCUAACCAAAGACGAUCUGUGCUUUCUCCCCUGCUGUUCUUCUGUUUCUUCCGAGAGAGCGCCUGCAUUUGUGAUGGGACAAUCUGGACGAAGGUCGGAUGGGAGAUUUUUCCGGAGGAAGUGCACUCCCUGAAAGCUAAGCCUCCCCCAUCCCACUGUCUACCUUACCCUCUGAACAAAUUCUGCUGCAACUUUGCUAACGUAGACCUAAUCCAGAGUUCUUUACGCCUCACGUACAUCUUAGUGCAAGCUCUCUUCUUAAUUCUGUUUGUUUUAUCUGUGCAUUAUCUAUGGAUGAAAUGGACGAGACACCAAAGAAAGCUGAAAAAGCAAGCCUCUUUAGAGAAACACGGUAAUGACCUAGAGAGUCCAUCCAUCUAUGACAUUGAACAAAUCCUCUGCAGACUGCUGGCCACAACAUCAAUGAUGACCAAGUUCCUGAAGCAGGUGUCCCAACAUUCUUCCCUUAAAAAAGUUAAGCAACAACGUAAAGUAAAGAGGAAGAAGAAUAAAGGAGAGGAGCUGAAGGAUUCUAAAUCCAAGCACACGCAAAUGUAGCCCAGUCAAGUACAGAAGCAUACAAAGGCUCUAUUUCCAGAACUACCUGAGGAUGAAAAGGGUUUUUGUUGUUGUUGUUGUUUGGAAGUUGGUGUAGUGUUUUGGUUUUGGGCGUUUUUUGCCAUAGCCUUUACUGAAAAUUUUUCAGACAAGUCUGGAUUUCCAUUCAGCUGCAAAAUAGUCCACACUUACUAAUGUGGCUCCCAUAAUAAAAUGAAAACACCUUAACAUAAAAGUUAUAAUCUGGUGGCUAUUAUAGCAGCAACAUUCUUUUCCAGCCUGACGAUUUUUUUUUUCAUCAUGACAGGUAGCUGCUAUGUGAUUUACACUGCACCAUUUAGUUUUCCCAAGUCUCAAAAGGAAGGAUCCGUCACUGGCCCCUCCUUCCAGAGAAGGGAACUUGGGUACAAAGAAUUGGAGUACUCUGCUCACGCUCACAUAGGAUUCAUACCCAAGCAUCCUCUAGGGACCAAGUGCUUACCCUUUCCACCUGCACUCUAGAUUACCUAUGGAAGCUAUGGCAUGGGCUCCAGUAAGGCAAUCUUGUUACAUUCAU